AUGACUGUGACGGAAGAUUGCUUGAAUGGAAUGGGCUUCCUGCAUGGCGGAUGCACGGCAUACCUGAUCGAUACUUGCUCGAGCAUCACCUUGACCGCCCUCGAUCCACCCGACUACAGCAUCCCGCCAACCGUCUCGUUGAAUCUCAAUGUGACAUACCAUGCUGCCGCUUCCCUAGGCGCUUCCCUUCGCAUAAUAUCCACCGUUGUCUCCUUCAGCACACGCGUUCAGACCGUCCGCUGCGAAGUGUGGGACGUCACCAACCCGACCCACAGACUCGUCGCAAGCGGGAUGCAUAUCAAGAUGCGCUCAGGGAAGGAGGGCGAUCCGAAGGCUCAGGAGUGGAGGAAGGAGGUGUAUGGCGAGGACAUGUGGGCAACAAAUGCACAGAAGGCGAAGCUAUGA